AUGGCAUUCUCCUCCUGCCGCUCCCCCCGGCAGUGUCCCCGCUCGUCCAGCACAGCCACCUCCCGCUGUUACCGGUCCGGGGCAAGCCCUGGCCCCGGGGAGCACCGAGCUGGCCCAGCCGGGACACUCCUGAGCGCCCCAGCCCGGAGCCUCCCUCCCUCAAUACCCGCAUUAUUUCUUUUGCAGGAGGAGCGCGUUUGUUCUCCGUGCCCGAAGCGCCGGGGACGCGCUGCCCGCCGGGGCGAGAGGCUGACAAAGGAAGGCGGAGAGGGGAAAAACCUCGUCCCAGUGCCCGCAGCUCCGGGAGGAACCCCGGACGCCCCGGUGGAAUUUGGGGAGCAGCUGCGGAGCGAGCCCGGACCCCCGCCCGGGGAACCCAUCCCAGUAGCCGAAGUUUAUAAAAUUUCUGCCGGCGCGGGGAGAGGGUCGCGGCAGCGCGGACAGAGCCGGACACGUCUGCGGCCACUGAAAUCCCCGCAAGGUUUGCUUGGUGCUUCGGAGGGCUUUUGCUUUCACAGCCUCGCUGGCAGGGCGCUGGGGAACACCAAGGAACCCACUGGAAACACCUCAGCCAGCUCCAGCAGGGCCUGGACUCCAGACACCACUGUCACCAUUGGAGAGCACCAGGGAAGAGGGUGGCACCAUCCCAAGGACACGGACUGGAUGAUCCUUUCCAGCCUGGCGGGUUCUGCCAUUCCCUGAGCAAGGCAGGAGCGAGGGGAGAGCCCAGCAGCACCGGGAAAAGUAAAAAUUCUCCAAGUGACGGGGAGCAGCUCAGCCAAUUAGGAUUUUAAUUCCCCUCGUUAUGCACGGCCAGUCAAUAAAUUCUGCACCAAGCA